CUCUUUAGGUGCUAAAUAAACGGACUCGGUUCUUAGGGUUAGGCUUCUUUCGGGCUAAAUUCUCGAAAACUAGAUACUCACCGCACGAGUGCGGAAAUACAACCUCAUUCUUUCUUCUACUUCCCAUCCUUUUUUUUUUUCUCUCUCCUCGCACCACGAUCUCUUCGUUAAUCUAAGGAGCUUGUGAGAAUCUAUUCGUAGUUUAAGAAAAAAGAUAAACUAAGGGUGACAAGAUUGCGCUUCGUUACCCGAAUUGAGGUUGCUGUUAUUCAAUUUGAGCUUGUGCUUGCCGAAUUUGGGCUUCAAUAGAUUGCUUGAGGCAGAAAGUUGUCUUCACCUGAUGGCGGGUCAGAGAAAUAACCACGGUAAGCGAGCUCAUUCUCUGGAUCGUUCUGAAAAUGGUAGAAAUAAAAGAAGAAGUUCUGGUGAAGAUUCUUUUACAAUUGGACCAGAUGAUACGGUAUACCGCUACUUGUGCCCAGCAACAAAGAUUGGAAGCAUUAUAGGGAGAGGUGGGGAGAUUGUCAAACAAUUACGGUUGGACACAAAAGCAAAAAUCAGAAUUGGCGAGACUGUGCCGGGAUGUGAUGAAAGAGUUGUGACGAUCUAUAGUGCAAGUGAUGAAACAAAUUCCUUCGAUGAAAUAGAUACUCUUGUUUGUCCAGCUCAGGAUGCACUCUUCCGGGUGCAUGACAGAGUGAUUGCUGAAGAUGCAGGUGCUGAUGAUGAGCCAGAUGGAAAUCAACAUGUUACUGCUCGGUUGCUUGUUCCCUCUGAUCAGAUUGGGUGUAUUAUUGGGAAAGGUGGUCAGAUUGUUCAAAGCAUCCGCAGUGAAACUGGUGCUCAGAUUCGGAUUCUGAAAGAUGAUCAUCUGCCCACAUGUGCGUUGAGCACAGAUGAACUUUUGCAGAUCUCUGGAGAAGCUACAGUUGUGAGGAAAGCUUUAUCUCAGAUUGCUUCUCGUCUCCAUGAUAAUCCUUCACGAACUCAACAUUUGCUUGCUUCCGCUGUACCUGCUAGUCUGUAUCCAUCAGCAGGCUCACUCAUGGGGGCACCUGGAGGUGCUCCUAUUUUCGCUCCUAUUGUUGGCUCUUAUGGAGGUUACAAAAGUGAGAGGGGAGAUUGGCCACGAUCUGGCUACUCCUCAUCUAGGGAAGAUUCAUCCAUGAAGGACUUUUCUAUCCGCUUUGUCUGCCCCACUGCAAAUAUUGGAGGUGUGAUUGGUAAAGGUGGUGCUAUUAUUAAUCAAAUACGACAAGAGACUAGAGCGGGUAUCAAAGUUGAUAGCUCAUCUGCUGAAGGGGACGACUGCCUGAUAACAAUUUCAUCAAAGGAGUAUUUUGAUGAUCAAGUCUCUGCAACAAUUGAAGCAGCAAGGCGUUUGCAACCCAGAUGUAGUGAGAAGAUUGAGAGGGACUCGGGAAUUAUUUCAUUUACGACUCGGCUCCUUGUACCAUCAUCACGCAUUGGCUGCUUAAUUGGUAGAGGAGGUGCUAUUAUAACUGAGAUGAGAAACAUCACAAAGGCUAAUAUCCGCAUUCUUUCGAAGGAUGAUCUUCCAAAAGUUGCAGCUGAUGAUGAUGAAAUGGUGCAGAUCUCUGGUGACUUGGAUAUUGCUGAAACUGCGCUCAUCCAUGUAGCAUCAAGAUUGAGAGCAAAUCUCUUUCGCCUGAUGAUCAUGAUAGCAUGCCAUACGAAAGCAGAGAUAGUAAAAGACAUGGUCGUGGGAUCUCGUAUUCAGGUGGAUAUGGUGGUUCCAGUGAUUUGUCACCAGCUGAGCCCUAUGGCAGCUAUGCUGGUAUACAGAGCACUGGCGGCGGAGGUAGUUAUGGUGCAUAUGGAAACUACACAUCAGGACGCAGUGGUGGUUCAGGGUUUUCUGGCCAUUCUCCAGCCUCCAGAAGGAAACCAUAUUACUAGACAGGCGCAAUCAGCAUCAAAGCUGUUCAAUUCUAGACAACAUAACUUGAAGAAGAUCAAGUCCGGAGGCUCUUAUUCAGAAAGAUCACAUUUGUUCACGAACAAUAACAAUUCAACAUCAAAUCAUUCUAGUAGAAGAAGAACAACAAACACACAAAUUUGACGUGCCAUUCUAUUUUACAUCAACAUCCGUGGAAAAGAUCAAGCCCAAAUUAAAGGCCCUUAUUAAGAAGAUCAAAGAUGUUUGUGAAUUGCAAAGUUCAAGUACACGUGGAGAUCGAAUUAGAGGAUCAAAUAUAUUAGAGAUUGUAACCCAAAUACAAAAAUUCAAUAAAAUAGUAUUUUGUUCACAUUUUUUUACUCUCUAUUUUGCAGAUUUAAAAUUUGUCUUUACAAAUUUGGUACGCUCGGUGGGACAAUCUUUACCUCUCAUCUCUUUCUCCGUUCAAAAUAGCAACAACAAAUCCUUUCCUUAAAGCAUGGAUCCUUUGACGGAGUCAAUCAAUGGAGUGACAGAUGUUGUUAAUGUAAGUGUCAUGACCAUUGAAGCAAAUACUAUGGAGGAAGAAUUAACAAACAUGAAGAUGCUCAUUCACAAACUCGCCAAAGUGAAUGAAGAAAAAGAAGCAAAAAGCAAGCUGCAAUGCAAACAACUUGCUGCUUUGACAAAGAAACUCGAAAAACGUCCAACUGAUGAAAGUGAAGACAAUGGUGAAAAAUCAACCGCGAGUUCAAAUUUAAGAAAAGUACAAGGAGGGCAAAGCCUCAUGGAGAUCCUUUGACUCCAUUCACCAUCCAACAACUCCAAGAAAUGAUAGCAAGUGCUGUCAAACUUCAACUUGGUGGAGAUUUUGAUAGAAUAACCACUACACCAAGCCAUAUACAAGGAGGAUCGAAUUCCUCUAGAUGCCUAGUGGUUAUCAGUCUCCAAAAUUUGUGCAAUUUGAUGGAAAAGGUAAUCCAGAACAACAUGUUGCACACUUUGUUAAAACAUGUAGCAAUGCAGGAACCGAAGGCGACCUUCUUGUGAAGCAUUUUGUUCGCACACUCAAAGGCGUGGCAUUUGAUUGGUACAUAGACUUAACUACUGAAUCUAUCAAUGGCUAGUCGGAAAUGGAAGAGGCAUUCAUGAAUCACUUCUACAACAAUCGUCGUACGGUGAACAUGAUUGAGUUAGCGCACACCCAUCGAUUAGAGGACGAACAAGUCGUGGAUUACAUUGAUCGAUGGCGAACACUACUUGACCAAAACUUAAGUUGUACAGAUGUGCAUUGGAGCUUGACGUACAUAUUGCAAGGAUUUAGGCCUAAAACAUUUCAGGAUUUAGCAACCAGAGUUCAUGAAAUGGAGCUUGCGGUUAUUGUCAUGAAGAUCAAUCUGAUUAGACAUUUAUACUGAUGGACGAUCAUGGCUGCAACCUUGUGAAAAAAUAAACCAGAUGCACAAAGGGAUAAAUAUAUGCAAAACAAAAAAAAAAAUCACUCCUAAACAAGAGUAUAAACUGCAAA